GAGUCCCCUUUUGCAAUCAUAUUGAUUUAUUGUGUCCCCACAAUGUUUGCUGAAGAUAAACAAAAAUGUCUGUUACACUGUAACUAAUUCACGAUUAACGGUAUAAAAAACAUUAAGACUGCUGGAAGAAGAGAUUUAUGACACCAGGCAAACAGUGCAAUGGCUGGAGGUUCUUACUUCAUUUGGAUUCCCUUCCUCCUGUGUUGUGUCUUUGAAGCUUCUGACAACAGACAUGUCCACCAGAAUGUGAAUCUUUUAACUGGCCGUACAGGAGAAUUAGAGUUGGACCAAAUCACUUCAAAGCUUCCAUCAACGACGGUCAAAACCUGUACUGGUAUGAAGGAGCAGCUGGAACUGCUUGACAGCCAGCUUCAGCAGAUAACUCACCGCAACAGCCUACUAGGUAAUGAAGCCUUUGGAUUGAGGAGUGAAGUCAGACUGCUGAAACUGCAGCUGGCUGCGUGCAGUUCAACAGCAUCAACUAUUACUGACUCUUAUCAGAUCCAGUUACAAAACAAAAUGAAACAGCUUCUCGAGACGGACAGUGGCAUGUUUCUGAUUCUGAAAACCAUUGCACUCACCAGGGAGGUGAAUUCAUUAGAGGGGAAGAUCAAACGUGCUGCAAAUUCUACUGAAACUACUCCUGAAUUUGAAGUGUUGCAGAGACAGCUGCGAGAGAAAACCACUGAACUGAAUGAAAAGAUGCAGCAGAUUGAAAGAAGCCACACAAACUCUUCACUGAUUCUUCAAGUCAUUUCACUGCAAAAUCAGAUCUGGGAUUUGGAACAGGCAAAAUCAAGAAGAGGAGGAGCUAGUCUUCAACCCGACCAGAGAAUUAUGGCACUACAAGACCAACUGGACAGGAAGAUCAGUGAGUUGCGAGGCAACAGAGAUGCAGGCUCAAAUAUGCUGGAGCUGGUUUCUGUGCACAGUAAGAUCACAAUGAUACAGAGGCUCAUCAGUGUCCACAUUGAGAAAUCCAGAACUAAUACUAUUGAUUACCAGAGGCAAUGGAGGCAAAAAGCUGAGCUCCUUAAAAGGAAGAUUUCGCAGUUGAACCGUGAGGAGAGUAAUACAGAUCUUACCAAGGAAAUUUUUAAGUUGCAGACCGAGAUCGAGAAUUUAAGACAGUUAUUAUCAAACGCCAAAAAGACAAGUGAUUUCCAACUUAAAGAGCUAAGAGUUAUUUUGGAGAAGGAAAAGAAACAGCAAGAAAACGUACAGAAACAACUUGAGGAAACAGACUAUGCUCAGGCACAACUGAUCAUGACUAUUAUCAGCACAAUGAAAGAGUUGAGAGAGCUGGCGGUUGAUCAGCCAGACCAGACAACAUCAACAAGUGACGCCACCACUCUCCAGACUGUGCUUCAAACCAAAGAAAGGGAAUAUACCAAAGCUCAGGCUGAAAUAAAGGAGCUGCAGAGGAAGCUGCAGUUAAAAAGUGAAGAAUGCGCUGGGCUUGAGGAAAGAUAUGAGCAGGUAAAGACUGAAUUUGAACAGAAGAUUGUACAACUGAACAGAACCGGAGACUCCAAAGCAGCACUCAGUGAGUAA